GCUCGUCAGUUUGCGCCAGAAAGCCAUCGCGAGAUGAGGCACGCGUACGCAGCGUCGGCUACGGAAACAGCUGAAACAUUCUCCCUGCACUGGUGUUGUUGUCGUUGGUGAACGCGGUGAACGAUUGUUGUUGCCCGACACACACAGGACGAAUGCAUUCCAUUCCUCGAUAAACAUAUAUCCACGUGUGAUUUCUCCACAGAGUUUGUGUGUAUGUGCAUGUGUGUGUGUGUGUGUUCAAAAAAAAAAAAGUAAACCGGCGCGAACGUGCCAAGCCUAUCCAAGCAGCCACCGAUUGCAAUCGUGUGUUGCUGCUCCACUUGGCAAUGUAGGCCGUUGGUGAGUCGUUAAGGAAAAGAAGAAGGUGUGAGCGUGUGUGUGAUAGAGUUGUGUGCAUCCCCCUCCCCCACCCGUUCACAGUAUCCCCCUCCCCAGGUGGGAAAAAAAGUUUCACAAAAGAAGGAUUUUCACCCUCGGUCUGCUGUGAAAAACCCGCACAGCGGAAGCGUUUGGAAAAUCGGAAGGUGAAAGGUGUCCCGGUGUUUCGGUUGUGCGAAAAGCAUAAAGAAAGUGCAUUCUGUAUCUCUAGUGGGGAGUGUGUGUGUGUGUUAGUGGGGAAAAGCCUCUGGGAGGGCAGGAGGGAGUGUGUGAAGCUUUGCAUAUUUGCUAGCGUUGUGUGCAGUGCGAUUUAUUUCACACUUAAGCUUGAAUGCUGUUGUGCCCCGUGAAAAGGGGAAUUUUAAACUAGAAUCUUAAUUUUUCAUAGAGUGCGUGAGAAAGAGAGAGAAAGAGAGAGAGAGAGAGAGAGAGAGAGAGAGAGGAAGAAAGAGAGCGAACAACUCAGCUGAUUUUAAAUCCCCGGUGCAGCUGGUCACCCUGCUAGCGGGCGGGUUGCUGAGUUGAUUUAUUUGUUGUUUGCUUUCGUUGCGGCGGGCUGCGCACAUUCUCCGGUGUGUAAUGACGGCUGGAACCGUUUGAAUAAGGAACGUCGUCAUCGUUUUUUUCUUGCUUUGUUUUGCGGAAGCUUUAACUAAUAAAAUAAUAAAAAAAACAGAACAUCGUGAACGAGCAAAGAGAGGAGCAAGACACAAACAAAACAAACGUCGGGAGUGUCCCUUUGCUUUUAAUGACGGCAGCAAGGACGAUAGCGACCGAAACAGCACCAUGACGUUAAGGAUAAUACCGAUUCUGGUCGGCGCCACCGCUCUCCACCUUCUCCUGCUAGGGGUGAACUUUGGCACGGCAACCGCUAAUAAUCAUCAAUUAUCGUCUUCAUCAUCGUCAUCAUCAUCCUCAGCAGCAGUGACAGUAUCCAGUACGCCACUAUCACCAGCCGGGGACGCGCUCGGUGCCGUAACGCCUCCGGCAGAAGCGGCACAAUUAGUAGACAAUAAAAUCCACGACAAACGGCACGGCGAGCUGCCGACCACUGACGCCCCGGGACGCCAGAAGCGGGCGGAUAUUUUUAGCGAUAAUGUGCUGGCAAAUAAUUAUCAGCUUACCGAGAGCACUGGGCACCGGUGGGACGCAAGUGGGUCACCCCCGCAGCCGAGGAUCACCGAGGAGGUGCUGCUCGUCAGCAACCUGACCGAGGAGCGGGCACGCGAAGAGAACGAGCUGCUGGAGCAUCUGAACCGCGACCGAUUCCACGGCAGCCAAAUCAAGCUCGAUAACAGCGCGGACGAGCCGGAAGCGGGCGGUGGUUCGCCACGCGGCGGAAGCAAAAAGGGCCGCCGACGAAAAGGCCACAAGAAGCACAAGCACAAGAAGAUCAAGCUGCUUCCGGUGACGCUCGUCGGUGUGCCGGUGGACGAGGACGGCCGACCGGAUACCGGCAUCAUCGAGGGGCUGACGGGCGCGGCCGACGGUGCGUGGUCGUUGAAGCUUGCCGGCGGCACGGAACGGGAUGAAGCGACCGCUGCCGAGCGAACGCAGCUACCAGCGACGGCGGAAGGGCGCGCGGUCGAGAUGGUGGACGUGUGGAAGGAAACGACCAUGCCUCCGUCCCGGCCCAAUAAGGAAAUGGCUGCAGAGGACCAACGACCGGCGAUGGUUUCCGGGUUUCCACCGCCACCGAUGCUGGCGGCCGACGGACACCUGGUGUUUGGCAGUGCGGGCGGCAUGCAAAUACUACCUGCGGGGGCUGCAGUAACAGCGGCAGAAACAGCAACAGCCCAUCGCCCGGACGACCAGCGCACGCAGAGGAAACGCGAAAAGCAGCAACGGAAACAAUUACAGAAAGCAGCCCAGCAGCGAAAAGUCGUCAAUCCACCGCUACCCCCAUUGCCGUCCGGCGUGACCGUGUCCAGCGCCAGCACCGUCACCUUCCCCGCCGACGAUCACAAGGGCACGGAGACGGUAUCGGUGGCGCGCGUCAUCAUUUCGGGCGAUCUGUCCUGCAUGAAGGACGACUUCAUUCCCGCACCGGCCAUCGCAAACGGUGACAUCAAAUAUUUGCGUAACGAUUUGUACGGCUUGGAAAAUUCCUUCCUCGAGGCAGAAUAUCACUGCCGGAUGGGCUACCGGUUGCGGCUGAAGGAUGAUGGACGUGCCCGCAGCCCAUCGCCCAUCGUUACCUCGACCGGUGCCCUCGCCAACGCCAAUCUGGUCUGCCGUAAGUCGCGCUGGAUCGGCAAACGGCCGGCCUGUGUGCGGAUUAAGCCCGCGCCCCAUCAGCUGCCACCGUCCGCCGUCUGGCCCGCGCUGUCCCGACCGCUCGAUGGGGACGGUACGGCACGCUCGCUGAACGUGAACCCUUGCGGGAAGGAUCAUCGGUGCCCACAGGCCUGCCACCGUGUGUCGGCGGCAGCGGCGGCGGACGGUACGCCCAACGGCUUAAACCGCACCACCGUCUGCUCCUGCUACAAAGGAUUUAAAAUGGUCAACCAUCGGUGUGUGGAUAUCAACGAGUGCAUCGAGUACGGUGAGGAUGUGUGCGAGUACGGCUGCUCCAACACGAUCGGCUCGUUUACAUGCAAAUGCCCGAGAGGAUUGCGAGUUACGGACAAUAAUAAAUGCAUGGAUGUAAACGAGUGUUUGCUGCGAAACGGCCACGGCCCCUGCCAGGAUACGUGCAUCAACACGUGGAGCAGCUACAGGUGCACCUGCGACGGGCUGCCGGGGACGCGGCUAGCGCCCGACGGCCACUCCUGCGAGGACAUCGACGAAUGUACGGUGAACAAUGGCGGCUGCUCGCACACCUGCCUCAAUACGCUCGGGCGUGCGUUCUGCGUCUGCCCGGAGGGGUACAUGCUGGACGAGGACUGGAAGACGUGCGUCGAUGUGGACGAGUGUGCCAACCAGCGAUCGAUAGCGACCGAGCAUCGGUGCCACGGCCGGUGCAUCAAUACGGUCGGGUCGUACCGGUGCGAGCCCGCGGACGACCCGGUCGUCGGCCAGUCGGUGAAUGGAGCAAUGGAGCGAACGGAUGAGGCCGUGGAGGGCGGUGAAGGCGAGCUGGAGCAACCGGACUACGACACGCUCUGCCCGACCGGCUAUCAUUUCAACACGACGAUGGGCGAUUGCCAAGAUACGAACGAGUGUAGCGUCGCUAAUGGCGGAUGUCAGCAGCAUUGUAUCAACAGUGACGGAAGCUACUACUGCUCGUGCAAGUACGGCUUCAAGCUGGACGCCGACAAGCGUUCCUGUCUCGUACUGAACGACUCGCUCCGGCUAGCCGAUAUUGCCUGCCCGCCACUGUUUCCACCCCGGCACGGUUACCUCGAGUGCAGCCGGCCGAUCGACGAAAUUGCGGACGGCCCGAACGGGGGCAGCCUAAAGAUUACCAAUCGGCCCGGCAGCCAGUGCAUCCUGAAGUGUCCCACCGGGUACCGGCUGGAGGGCAAGUUUUCGAAAAUCUGUGGCACCGCCGGCGAAUGGAUUGGCGACGAGAAUGGCACCUGCAUACGGUACCCACAACCGAAGCUGAUCUGUCCCACUAGCGUUAAUGUGGAGCUGCACCCGAACGAAACCGAAACCACAACGGUACGGCUGCGGCGACCAGAAACGGACGUCAGCUGGGAGCGGGACGUGCAGGUUGAACCGGACUGGGUGAAGAAGGACAGCUUCCCGCUAGCGCUCGGAAGCCUUAACGUCAGCUACACUGCUCGACAUCCCGUCUCGAAGCUGCACACCGAAUGUAACUUCCUCAUCAACGUACUGCCUGGCUCGCCACCCCGUGUUGACUUCUGCCCGGACACGCAGGUGUACACGAUCGAGGGACGGCAUCAGAGCGUAAAAGCGACCUGGGAGGAGCCGGUCUUUUCGGACAAUGUCGGUGUGGUUACGAUCACAAAAUCAAAUAGCCCCGGAACGGACUUUGGUGCUGGCAGUCAUCUAAUCACGUACGAAGCGCACGACGACGCGGAAUGGAAGAGCAAGUGCGUCUUCAAGAUCGUCGUGAACGUGAACCCCGACCAGCAGCAGCAACCAACGGCACAGUCGCACUUCCAGCUACCGAUACUGUACAAUCGGUUCUACUUCUAAAACAGAUCGUGGCCAUCACCAGGACCAGGCGCACGGUAUAGCGGUGCGCUCGCCGCAUUGUACAGAUUGGAGAGGUGUGCAUAUUUUACAAGAAGACUAGAGCAAGCAGGUUUUUCGUAGGCACCGUUUGGCGAUGAGCAAGUUUUUGUGGGCAGCAAACAUGCAAAACACAAGGUAGGCAAAACGAAAGCUUUUUACGUCGCCACCAAGGCCAGCGCGGUGCUUGAAUAAGUGAAAUACAAUAAUGCAAGAGUUUAUGCUAUACAACUGAGCCGUGAAAAGGGGAUGCAAAUAAAAGGGAGCAAGUAAUACGAGACCGAAUGUGUGUGAAAUUACGUUGAAAAAGGAAGAACCAUUACUUCUGAGUGCACGCUUUCAUCACACCCGGCAGCAUUCUUGCUUGCACACUCACUCACACCCCUGCUCGCGAGGUGAGUUGCAGAGGGAGAUUAUACAUAACAAGCAAAUAUCAAGUCGUACAUAUACAGAUUCUAAGGUUUAGUUUGGUAAGGAUAUUUAGCCGUAAGCCAUUCAGUAUAUUAAAGCAAAACACACAUUGCGGUGCGAGUUUUGGCGAGCGAUUAUCAUUCGAUGGAUGAAAGGUUUAAUCAAAAAACCCCACAUCAAUAUACAUGACAGUCUAGACAGUGGUGGUAGCAGUUUCGGUUUGUUCUUUGGCCGGUGGCGUGUAUGUAAAUAGCAUCUUACGCUGAAUUUGAACAUUAUUUAAAAACAAACAUGCAAAACAAUAUGUCUCAAUUGAGAUGAGCAGAGGAAAAUAUUUGAUGAUAAGAUGAAUUGCAGAAAAGAGAAAUUUUCUACACAAAACAAUAACAUGCCCAAAUUGAUAAAGAGAAGAAAAGAAAGAUAUCAGUCUCUUAGCUAAUGGCAGAAACAAAAUGGUUUGUUCUCUCGAUUGCAUACUGUGUAAAUAGCGCUGCUUUUUUAAAUCAGCGCCUUAAAGUAUGCUAUCCAACUGGAAUUGCUACGUCAACAGCUUGUGUUUCGUCUGUUUUAAGCAUAAUUCUCCACACUGGAAACACGGAUGGGCAUGCUUCGUCCAGCUGUCCGUUAGAAAGUAGCUCUCAUGCUGGACAGGGGGAAGUAACUGAUUGAACCAAAAUAGUGUGCAGCAGCAGCUUAGCGAUCGUAGGGCAAACAAAGGCUUUAGUUUCGUGGUUUAAAUGUAAUGAUAGUGCUGCAAUCCCCUCCCCUACUUUCAACAGCUAUUCCUUUCAAUAAUUCAACACUUGUCCGGGUACGGAGAGGUUUGGGGCAGGCAGGAAAGAACAUCCCGAACCCGGACGAGCUGAACCAUGUCUGUAUAGCGCGUUCACCGUGCACCGAUGGUACACGAUGGACGAUGGUUCGGCCAUUCAAAUAUCAAUAAAACGAAACCAAUGGUGAAAUGAAUUUCAGACAAAAUGGAACACACGAAAAACACA